CGUUGUGGCAACAUGCAAAUUCCGAGAAUACGAGGCCUUACUCCUUACCCAGUCAUAGUCGCCCCAUGCAAACACGCAAAGCGCAUCUCCACCACUGCCGCAGCACUGGGCCUCCGGAUUUGCAUUCACAGCAGCUUUAGCCUGUCUCUGAAAGUUUCUUCCCCCGAGAUGGGGCGCCGAGCCACGGAGCCGACGCGGCCUGAUCGCCGCUGCCGCCCCCCGUUCCUGAGCCUUUUCUAUUCCUGUUCUUAGCCCAGGACCAGGUCGCCAACUUCAGAUCCGCCCCCAAUGCUUCCGCUCCACGACCAAACUGGGCCAUUCAGGAGCCAGAUCGCAAUCCCGACUGACCUCUUUCAACCGGGACACUGGUACGGGCAUGUUUUGCUCCUGUCUUGUCUCGUCGGCCCCUUCUCCCAAGAUUACCUUGAUAGGCCUUGGCCGUUGCGUUUACGAGAAAAUCGAGAGGCCUUCUCUUUCUCGCCUCCUGGCGAAUCCGGUCGUCACCCCUCCUUCCAGUCUCGCCUUCCGGCCACCCCGGGUUUAACAUUACAGAGGCGGCGACAACAGCUUGCAGCAAUUCGCCGAGGAGAUGCUGCGCGUCAUCCGCUGGCACACGCACAUGCUACUGUACCUUGCGAUUUGGUUUCCCGCUACCCGUACAUACACAGGUUCGGUACACCAAAAUCAUCGCCCUAUCGUCCCGCCUGUUGUUCCAUGGUCCGGAACACGAGUCCGCCCCCAAACGGAGCCAGCGACCGUUGCUUUACCUGGCUACGGUCCAACGCCCACAUUCCAUUACAGCCGGAUGGGAUCCUUCCCCACUGGCGCACCUGUGGAUUCCGUGUCGCCAUUGAGGGUUGAGCAAUAAUGAGGGCAUGUGAGAUCACCAUUGACCGACUCGUAAUUAUUACGAAGGACUCUUUCACGCCCGUAUAAACGCUGUUGGACAAGAUGCAAGGGUUUGCAUGACAACCUCGCCCUUUCAGUGCGACUCGGCGGAA